GUCGGCUCCAUACUCCAACGAAGAAAGUUACAAAGAAGAUCACUCAAGCAUCACCGAUAGCCACCAGCAACCCCUUUGGUCCCGAGACGGACGAGUCGGAUGAGGAGAAGGAGGUGGAGUCUCAGAAUACGCACAAGAGGAGGAAGCGGGCCGUAGCGCAGAGUCAAGUCGCAUUACAAAAACGGGAGAGCGCCCAGAUGCGUCGCCAGGAACAAGAACGUUUUGAAGAGCAGCUAGACUCUUCGCAGGCUGGACAAGAGGUCUCUAUCGACUCGAUCAUGAUUAACACUAGCAAGCUUGAUGAACAUGGAGCUGUGUACCUCAACAAGUCUAUCGCCGGGAAAAUAAAGAAGCAUCAAAUCGAAGGCGUUCGCUUCAUGUGGCGAGAGAUCAUCACUGCAGCUUCGUCUGGAUCUCAGGGAUGUCUACUAGCGCAUACGAUGGGCCUUGGAAAGACGAUGCAAGCCAUUACCCUGCUGGUGACUAUCACGGAAGCCGCGCACUCCAGGGACAUGAAAAUCAAGUCUCAAGUACCCGAAGAGCUGCGCGUGUCGCGUACUCUAGUUCUCUGCCCGGCGGCACUAAUUCUCAAUUGGGUUGAAGAAUUUGACAUGUGGGUUCCCCCCUUAACGAAGAGAUUGAUCGGAGCGCGAAGACCCAUAUCAGCCGACACGCCUUUCGAGCGCCGUAUAAAAGUUAUUGAAGAAUGGCAUGAAGACGGAGGUAUAUUGCUCAUUAGCUAUGAGAUGCUGAGAGUUCUUGUCGAAAACAAGGCGACCAAACUCAACGUCAAUGGGCGAUUACCAGAAGACCAACACGAAAAACUCCUAAAAUGGCUUUUCGAGACACCAAACAUCAUCAUCGCUGAUGAAGCCCACAUCAUGAAGAACCCAAAAACCGGGCUCAGCCUCGCAUGUUCGAAGUUCAAAUCGAAAAACCGUAUUGCACUGACCGGCUCUCCUCUGAAUAACAAUCUUUUGGAGUAUUUUAACAUGAUCAACUGGGUAUCCCCUGGGUAUCUUGGUGACAAUGUCGAGUUCAAGGCUCAUUAUCAGGAGCCCAUACACCUGGGUCUGUGGGGUGAUAGUUCGGAUAUGGAAUAUCGGAGGGCUCUAAGAUUACUCCGAGUUCUGAAGAACGAAAUCGAGCCGAAGGUCAACAGAGCUGAUAUCACGGUCUUGAAGGGAAGCCUGAAGCCUAAGGUUGAGUUUGUCAUAAGAGUACCACUCACAGCCCUUCAAGAAGAGGUCUACAGGACCUAUGUUGAGGGUCUUUUGAGCGGAUCAGCCAGGGGAGAGGAUAAUGUCUCUAGAACUCGUCUAUGGAGCUGGCUAGCGAUCUUGGUCUUGUUAUGCAGUCACCCCCAGAUAUUUUUCGACAAGGUGCUUGACCUACUCCAGAACGACGCCCGGUCCAAGAAGCUGCCCAAGUCAACCGCUAGGAGGCAGCUAGAGGCCGAGGAAGAUGAGACCGGCCAACCAGAGCUUCAUCCUAUCGAUCAGGAUGUUGAAGACAUUUCUCUACAGGUCAAGAAAGAAGUCGGCAAUAUGGAUCAAAGUUUCAAGAUGCAGGCCGUCGAAAAGAUUAUCAGGUACUCUAAAGAAGUUGGGGAUCGAGUGCUGAUUUUCUCGCACUCUAUUCCGAUAUUGGACUUCCUGGAACGAUACUGCAACAAUUCAAAGACGGUCUACCAGCGGAUUGACGGAUCUGUAAAGUCAUCGAGCCGCCAGACCCAAGCGAAAGCCUUCAAUCAGGGCACGUUGUCAGCUACCGUGUUUUUGAUAUCUACUAGGUCAGGUGGGCUGGGUCUGAAUCUUCCCGGCGCUAACCGAGUCAUCAUUUUGGACAUCAACUUCAAUCCUACCUGGGAAGAGCAGGCCAUCGGUAGAGCAUACCGAAUUGGUCAAGAGAAGCCAGUCUUCGUGUAUCGCUUCCUCACCGCGGGCACCUUUGAGAUCCCUGUUUACAAUAAGGCUGUGUUCAAGACACAGCUCUCAUACCGAGCCGUUGACAAGAAGAACGUCAAGGCUGCCGCUGAUAGGGCAGAAAACUUAUUGAAGAUUCCUGAACGGGUUGAAAAGGAAAACCUAAGCCGUUACAUUGGCAAAGACCCGCAUGUCCUCGACCGAAUUCUAAGUGGAGGGGGUGCGUCUUGGAUAUGUUCGAUUUCCACUAUGGAGACUCUGCAAGAGGAAAUUGCCGAGAACUUCACCCCAGAAGAACUGGAGGAAAUUAGGCAGAUGGAGUACCGCGAGAAGCUAAGGAAGUCCGAGCCAGAGAAGUGGAAGCGGCUUGUGCAUGAGGACAAUGUGAAGAAACAGGCUGGAGCGGCUCGAGCGGCCCAAGCGGCCCAGGAAGCAAAACUCCGCGAACAGCAGAGGCAAGCACUAUUUACCAACGCACAGCUUUCACCCAACUCGUUCGGACAAACGCCUAGUUCUGCGAGUGGUGUACUCCGUGGACAUCGAGUAGCACCCCCACUCCACCAAGCACCUGUGGCGAUUCGUUCCAUGGGGCCUAACAUCCCGCCAAGUGGCCUUAUGCCUCCUGUUACGCACGGUCUACCUACCUGGACGGGCGAUAGACCAGCGUCUUCGUCUCCGCCUCUGAUGCAGAAUGGGCGAGGUCAGCCCAAGGCGAACGGGAUCGCUUUGACUCAGCCUACCAGUCUUCAGAUGAGGAGCUCUGCACCACCUCGUCCGACAGGGCUGCCAAGUGUGAUGGCGCCUGGGUUCAGCAACGGCAGCUCUCGACCUCAGCGACCGCAAGACCCUCAGGCUAUACAAGAGAUAUCUUCGACAGAAGAUGAGGAUGCGGAUUCGCCCGUGAAUGAGGCAGCACGGCAUCUCACAGGCACAGCAAGGCGAGAUGCAAAUCAGGGUAAGCCACUCAGCUUCAACGAUAGACUUGGACGUAUGCGUCGAUGAGGAGGCAAGAGUUGCCGAAGGUGUGCGCGCCUCACUAGUCGAAAGAUGGGGGAGUGUGCAUUCGUCCGAAGUCUUUAUGGCAUACGUCGAGGUCAGCAUAUGUUCAUACGCAUGGCGUCUCACGGAUUCGGUUUCUUUCUUGUUUUAAUAUCUCGGUCUCGGAUAUACAAGCGUUUGCAAGCGUUGCAGACUCGGCGGGGUGUCUCGGUGCAUUUGCGCAACGUCGAGUCACAAGAUACCCUUUCCAUUUUCCAGUUGUAAAUUACAUUAGGCAGGGUAGUUUCUGCAUGCCCUCUUAGAAGGCAAAAUUCAUGCUCAAAUCU